GUUGAUGACCUGAACUCUAACCUGCUCCACGCCCCCUACCUCACCGGAGACCCCCAGCUCGACACGGCCAUCGGGCAGUGGCUGCGUUGGGACAAGGGCCUAUGUGCUUUGUUUCAGGAUGCUUUCUGCCUUCCUAAUGACUAUUGAAAUUGCUACUUCCGGAGGACCCCGCUAUACCACUCCUGGACAUAUACCCAUAGGAUUCCCCAGCAUAUAAUAAGGAUACAUGCUCCACUAUGUUCAUAGCAGCCCUAUUUAUAAUAGCCAGAAGCUGGAAAGAACCCAGAUGUCCCUCAACGGAGGAAUGGAUACAGAAAAUGUAUAUAUACAUAAUGGAGUACUAUUCAGCCAUUAGAAACAAUGAAUUUAUGAAAUUCUUAGACAAAUGGAUGGAACUGGAGAACAUCAUCCUAAGCGAGACCUGGACUCCAGCCCAUGGACUGAUGCCCACAUUUACAAUGAAGGGUCUUCCCACUUCAGUUAAAUCUCUCAGGAAAUGCCCUUACAGACACAAACUAAAGAAUCCCAAAACAAAAGAGCAGAUUGAAAAUCUCUUACGGAAUGGGAUGAACAAGGAAUUGCGUGAUCGUCUUUGUUGCCGGAUGACUUUUGGGACUGCAGGACUUCGAUCUGCCAUGGGAGCAGGGUUUUGCUACAUUAAUGACCUUACAGUCAUACAGUCAACACAGGGGAUGUACAAAUACCUGGAGAGGUGUUUCUCAGACUUCAAGCAGAGAGGAUUUGUUGUUGGCUAUGACACUCGGGGUCAAGUGACUAGCAGCUGCAGCAGCCAGAGGCUUGCUAAACUCACUGCUGCAGUGUUGCUUGCUAAAGAUGUUCCUGUUUACCUUUUUUCAAGAUACGUUCCUACACCUUUCGUACCAUAUGCAGUUCAGGAGCUCAAAGCAGUUGCAGGUGUGAUGAUUACUGCAUCUCAUAACCGCAAAGAGGACAACGGGUACAAGGUUUAUUGGGAAACUGGUGCUCAAAUCACAUCUCCACAUGAUAAAGAAAUUCUAAAAUGUAUAGAAGAGUGUGUGGAACCCUGGAAUGAUUCUUGGAAUGAUAAUUUAGUGGACACCAGCCCACUGAAGAAAGAUCCUCUGCAGGACAUUUGCAAGAAAUACAUGGAAGAUCUGAAAAAGAUCUGUUUUUACAGGGACUUAAAUUCAAAGACCACCUUGAAAUUUGUACAUACUUCCUUUCAUGGAGUUGGACAUGACUACGUGCAGCUGGCUUUUCAAGUAUUUGGUUUUAAGCCUCCAAUUCCAGUCCCAGAGCAGAAAGAUCCAGAUCCAGACUUUUCUACUGUUAAAUGUCCAAACCCUGAAGAAGGAGAAUCUGUGCUGGAACUGUCCCUGAGACUGGCAGAGAAAGAAAAUGCCCGGAUAGUGCUAGCCACAGACCCUGAUGCAGACCGGCUGGCCGUGGCAGAACUUCAGGAGAAUGGUCAUUGGAAAGUUUUCACAGGGAAUGAGUUGGCGGCCUUGUUUGGGUGGUGGAUGUUUGAUUGCUGGAAGAAAAACAAACCAAAUGCCGAUGUGAAGAAUGUUUACAUGCUAGCCACCACUGUCUCUUCUAAAAUUUUAAAGGCAAUUGCACUUAAAGAAGGAUUUCAUUUUGAAGAAACAUUACCAGGUUUUAAAUGGAUUGGAAGUAGGAUAAAAGACCUCCUAGGACACGGAAAAGAAGUUCUUUUUGCAUUUGAAGAGUCUAUUGGCUUUCUGUGCGGAACCUCCGUGUUGGACAAGGAUGGAGUGAGUGCAGCUGUUGUUGUUGCUGAAAUGGCCUCUUUCCUGGAAACCAGGAAGGUAACUCUGAAGGAGCAGCUGGCAAAAGUUUAUGAAAUAUACGGUUAUCACAUGUCAAAAACUUCAUAUUUCUUGUGUUAUGAUCCACCUACCAUCAAAAGCAUAUUUGAAAGGAUUCGCAAUUUUGAGUCUCCAAAUGAAUAUCCAAAGUUUUGUGGGGCAUUUGCUAUUUUGCAUGUACGGGAUAUAACCACUGGAUAUGAUAGCAGCCAACCAAAUAAGAAAUCAGUACUGCCUGUGAGUAAAAACAGCCAAAUGAUUACAUUUACUUUCCAAAAUGGCUGUGUUGCAACUCUUCGAACAAGUGGGACAGAACCAAAGAUAAAGUAUUAUGCAGAGAUGUGUGCAUCGCCUGGCCAGAGUGAUACUACUUUCCUGGAAGAAGAAUUAAAGAAACUCAUUGACGCUCUGAUAGAGAAUUUUCUUGAGCCCAGUAAGAAUGCACUGGUCUGGCGUUCUGUGUAGGGCACAUGAGGAUGCUGUGACUGCACUGACAUAUGGGACAGAAUCUCCAAGAACUCCACUCAGUGAACCUUGUGUUAGAAGUCUCUCACCUGCCAACUUAUCUUUUUCCUUUUCUUUCCUGUGUUCAGUUGGCUAAAUAGAUUAUAUACAUUUGAAAUGAAAAUGUUUGAAUAUGAGUCAAACAUUUUCAUAAUCUUAAAGUACAGUCAUUACAAUGAAAGUGUUCCAGUGGCACGUUGUUCCUCCUGUAUCACAAACAAGACAAAAGUGAGUUUUCUUAUUGAACUGUGGUUAAGCUUAGUUACAUAUCUUGUAAUUGUGUGUAGAUAGCAUGGUUUAAAAGAAGUCAAACAUUAUAUAACUAUAGGGUUAGUUAAGGAAAUUAUAAAGGUGUGUGUGUGGCUGGGAGUGCUGUUGUGCCCAGUGCGGGAAAGCUCUUGUGUUAUAGAUACUGUUUUCCAAAUUAGAAACCCAGUUUGGUGGCAUAUUCCUGUCAUCACAGCCCUGAGGAGGCUGGGGCAGGCAUCAUUAGUUACUUUAUGGUCAGCCUGGACUGCACAGUAAUUCUUUGUCUCCAAAGAAGCAAAAAGGAAAGAAAUAAAAGAAGAAAAUGUUUAUAGGUUGUUUAGGUUUUCUGAUUUAGGACAGAUGUUACAGUCUGUGGUUUUGCACCUCUGUUUCAGGUGCCCUUGGUGUGAUUUAUAUUUACUGUAUGCAUUUAUGACUGAUGUUUACUGAACAUAAAACAGUAGUGGCAGCACUCUUCGUGGCUUUAUUCUUGUCAAAUUCCUCAGUGCAUUCUCAGGGUCUAGUGUGAACUGAAGAUAAUAUAAUAUCUUCAGUUGAAUAUAAUUUCAUAAGUCCAUUUUCAGAUAGUUAAGGAAAUUUUCCAAGUUAUAUAGGUGCUUCCUCUAUAGGAAACAGAUUUGUGGAUGGUUGUAGAAAAAGGUCUUAAUAAAAUUUGGCUUAAUGUAACUGUAGUUGAGUCUUCAUGCUAGGAUUCAGUUAUUAUAACCUAUAAGUGAAAAUCUCUGUCCUGUGGCAUGAGCAUGGCAUUUAUUUGGCAGUCUUUUUGAAUUACAUUUUUAUAGCCAAAUUUAUUUUAUCUGAUAAGAUAAUGCUAAUUUUAAUAAGAAAUGAAACAUCAAGAUAUAAGUAUUUUCUACAGCCAUACCACCCUGAUUCAAUACCCAAUCUCAUUUUAUCUCAGAAGCUAAACAAGGCUAAGCACGGUGCUUGGAUGGGAAAUUUUAGGUAUUAAUGAAACACUGAAACUGAUGUUGAAAAUUAAAGUCAAUUUAUUUUAGUAUGUUCCAGCGGGCUUUGGAAUUUCUGACCAUAUAAAUACUUUUCAUCUUUUUCAAUGCAAAACAGUUUUCAGGAAAGUCAUUGUGGUUGACUCUCUAGCCUUCUGAAAAGCCCUAAUAGAAAACUAUUGUCUAAGCUACCCAAAUUAUAUAUUUCCCUAUAUAGUUUACAGAAUACACACAUAGUUAUGAUAACAGCAACAAGGCCUUCAGAUAUAAUUAUUUAAGAAAAGUUGCCUAUAGGAGACAGCACUGAUAUUAGAUUAUUUGUGUCCUAAAAAUAAAUAAUAUAAAGCCCAAACCAGUUAGAAUGUUAAUAAAAUCAUGAGUUGGUUUGCUGCAGCUUGAGGAUAAUUUUGGUGAGUUUAUAUAAUCCAGACAUAGGCUUUACACUGUGUUGCCACUAUUGCUCUGUGUUCCCUCCUUGCUGUCUUAGAGCUGGGUCCUAUAUGACUAUAGAUGAUAGCUAGUUAGUGUUCCGUGCCAUUUUUCUGUAUGACUUUAUUUUAAAGACUUUGUGCUAAAAAGUAGUGUAUAGAAUUUUUUUUAUUUUUAAGAGGUUUAAAAUGUUUUAUUGGCUUUUAGGAGUGUAAAUUGUAAUUUAGGAAAUAGCAUGUAUUCUAAAAAGUGGUAUAAUCAAAGCUAUACAUGGAAAAACAUGCAUAUUCAAUUUAAGUGUCUGUGUCCUAGUGGCCCAAGGACAAAAUGAAACUAAAGCGAUGUGACAGCCUUUUUAUAACAAGAAAGCCACAUCAUGAUUGCCAGUAACUUAGGAAGAGAACAUCUUUGUUUCAGUGCUUUAGCAUAUACAAUAAAUAAGUCAUCUUAAAGUGAAGUUACUGACAUUUGAGCUCUUAUCUUGAAAAGCUAAGUUCCAACUAUGUAUAAAGGUUCCCAGAGUGUGUAAGUUGAGGAGACUGAUUUUUGUCUUCAUUCUUGAGUCUGUCUGAGCAUGUUUAAUAUGAACGUGACACAGUGGGUGCACAGGUGCCUAAUAGGAUAAAUUUAGCAACAGCUCAAGAUAGGAGUGCCAGCCUGUGGGUCUCGGCCUUGGGAUGAUAACUACAUUGUUUAUCUCUUCCAUUUCUCAGCAAUAGCAUGGGAAUAUAUUCUCUUUGAGCAAAUAAAUCAAAACAAGUAUUUUCUGGAGUUCUGAGAAAAAUAUUUAGGCUGGAGCAUAGCCCAGUGGCAAAGCACUUACCUGGCAUGCAGAUAAAGCUUACCUUCGAUCCCUGAUAUCCCUGACAAUACCAAAAAGAAAGAGAAAGGUUAUUAUUGAUGGAGCAAAGUCAAAUCAUAAAGUGGUAAUGACCAACAAGAGACCAACAAACAAUAUAUAAAGGCCAGUAAUGAUGGGAUAAGAAAUGCUUGAGAAGUACAAAUCAUGUGCUGUAAUGGUGGGUAAGCUGUAUGCAAGGCUGUUCACGGGUGUGUGUUAGGAUGCACAGACAGCAAGCCUGUAUUGUUUUCCUUCAGUAGUAAUAACUGAAAAGAAGCCCAGUUCUAUGAGGUGAGGUUCAGUUGAACUGUGGGUUCAAUUCCUAGUGGGAUGUUGUUUCAGAAUCACAUGAGAACGAGAGACGCUAAAGAACAAAAUUAAAAAAAAAACAA